AUGUCGUCUGCCGAUCAUGCGAAACAGACCGAAGAGGUUGAUCAGGAAGUCCAAGAUGUUCAGCCUUCGAAGCCCGUAUCACGCUUUACACGCUGGUUUCGCAGUCCUCUUUUCAACGUCAUCGUCGUGGGCUUGAUCUCUUUCACUCAACCCGGAAUUUGGAAUGCUCUCAACAGCACCGGCGCGGGCGGUCAACAAGAGCCCUACCUCGUCAAUGGAUCCAACUCUCUGACAUUCGGUAUCAUGGUUUUUGGCUGCAGUUUCUUUGCCAUCAUGGCCAACAAGAUCGGCCUCAAGACGGUUCUGAUCAUCGGCACUCUUGGCUACGCACCGUACUCGGCUUCAAUGUACGUAAACAACCGCUAUGGCGUCGAAUGGUUCGUUCUAUUCGGCGGCGCAACUUGCGGUAUUGCUGCAUCUGCCUUGUGGGCGGCCGAAGGCGCCAUCGCCCUUGGGUAUGCCGACAUCAAGGAUAGAGGCAAGUUCACUGGUAUCUGGCUCGGCCUCCGUGAACUGGGACAACUCCUUGGUGCCUCUAUUCAGCUUUCCCUGAAUGUCAACAACGGCCAGAGAGGAAAGGUGGGAUAUUCAACCUACCUUGUAUUGAUCGCCCUCCAGUGCCUUGGUCUUCCCUUGGCCCUGCUUGUAUCGCCUCCGCAAAAAGUCAUCCACAGCGACGGUAGGAAGGUUGCCGACCCAACCAAGAACAAGGCCGUCAUGGGCGAGUUUCGCAAGUGGUUGAAGCUGCUUAAGAAUAAGCAAUUCUACCUCUUGAUUCCCAUCCUUAUCGGCUUCAACUGGAAUAGCACCUACCAGGGCAUUUACCUGACGAAAUACUUUUCCGUACGAGCCAGAACUUUGGGUGGCUUGACUUCAGGAAUAGCAGCAUCGGCUGCUAACAUGUUCUGGGGAUGGUUUUAUGAUCUAAAGCGCUUCAGCCGCCCGCAGCUUGCAAAGAUUACCUGGGCCUUUUUCUCAAUCAUUAUGUUGGGAUUGUUUGCCUGGCAAGUUGCCAACGAGAAAUUGUAUGAGGACACAGUUCCAAAGAUUACCCUUGACUGGACUUCCCCAGGAUUUGGUCGGGGCUUCGCUGUCAACGUGCUCUUCCGGUUCAUGAAUGAAUCGCACUACAUGUUUGUUUACUGGCUUAUGGGCACGUUUUUCGACGACAUUGAGACCCUGACCUUAGGCGUCGGUCUUGUGCGAUCCUUCGAGUCCAUUGGCUCAUGCUUGGCCUUCGGUAUUGGUGCAGUCAAGAUAUCACCCAUGUAUAACCUAGUCGUUGCGUUCGUUAUGUUCGUCAUAUGUAUUCCUGCGACUUCAUGGGCAGUUCUGCUCGUCCCUGAGCGACCUGUGGACAACACAGAGACAGGCUCGAAUAACACUGUGGAAGACAACAAAGUCGGGGAUCCAGUCAUCGUGUCCACGGCUGCCGCUGCAGCAGAUGGACCACGGAGCAUAUAA